AAUCGCAUCGCAGUUCGCGUUGCAUCGGUCUCGCGACGAGCCUCUCUCUCUCGGCACAUCUUUCCCUGAAACUCCCGAAGGUGUUCGGGACAUAAAUUUUUCUCCGACCGCAUUCACGAUUCGCACGAGCGAGGAGGAAUAGUGGAACACUCGAGGGGGUGAUUUGGACGGGAUUCCCGUAGUGACAACGCAAAGAUGCGAAUGAUCGCCGCUGAGAAAUGGCCGCCUUCGUGGGGCUGUGACUAUUAUUAGAAAAGGCAGGCCGGUACGCGUUACGGAUGGACUUGAGGUAGCUAGAGCCUCGACAUCAUGGGCAAGGAGAAGAUCCACAUAAACAUCGUGGUGAUCGGCCACGUGGACUCCGGCAAGUCCACGACGACCGGCCACCUGAUCUACAAAUGCGGCGGCAUCGACAAGCGGACGAUCGAGAAGUUCGAGAAGGAGGCGCAGGAGAUGGGCAAGGGCUCGUUCAAGUACGCCUGGGUGCUGGACAAGCUUAAGGCGGAGCGCGAGCGCGGCAUCACCAUCGACAUCGCCCUGUGGAAGUUCGAGACGGCCAAGUACUACGUGACCAUCAUCGACGCGCCGGGCCACCGCGACUUCAUCAAAAACAUGAUCACCGGCACCAGCCAGGCGGACUGCGCCGUAUUGAUCGUCGCCGCGGGUAUCGGCGAGUUCGAGGCCGGGAUCUCGAAGAACGGGCAGACCCGCGAGCACGCGCUGCUCGCGUUCACGCUGGGCGUGAAGCAGCUGAUCGUCGGCGUCAACAAGAUGGACAUGACCGAUCCGCCGUACUCGGAGACCCGCUUCGAGGAGAUCAAGAAGGAGGUGUCGUCGUACAUCAAGAAGAUCGGCUACAACACCGCCUCGGUCGCCUUCGUGCCGAUCUCCGGCUGGCACGGCGACAACAUGCUCGAACCGUCCCCGAAGACGCCCUGGUACAAAGGCUGGAAGGUGGAGCGCAAGGACGGCAAUGCCGACGGCAAGACGCUCAUCGAGGCGCUCGACGCCAUCCUGCCGCCCUCCAGGCCCACCGACAAGGCCCUGCGACUGCCGCUCCAGGAUGUCUACAAGAUCGGCGGGAUCGGAACGGUGCCUGUCGGUCGUGUGGAGACUGGUAUCCUGAAACCAGGUAUGUUGGUGACCUUUGCGCCGGCCGCCCUCACCACUGAGGUGAAAUCCGUCGAGAUGCAUCACGAGGCGCUGACGGAGGCCCUGCCCGGCGACAACGUCGGCUUCAACGUGAAAAACAUCUCCGUGAAGGAGCUGAGGCGCGGUUACGUGGCCGGCGAUUCGAAAAAUCAACCGCCGCGCGGAGCCGCCGACUUCACCGCCCAGGUGAUCGUGCUGAAUCACCCGGGACAGAUCAGCAACGGCUACACACCGGUGCUCGAUUGCCACACCGCUCACAUCGCCUGCAAAUUCGCCGAAAUCAAAGAGAAGUGCGACCGUCGUACCGGCAAGACCACCGAGGAAAAUCCGAAGAGCAUCAAAAGCGGCGAUGCCGCCAUCGUAAUGCUGCAGCCGACCAAGCCGAUGUGCGUCGAGGCCUUCCAGGAGUUUCCGCCUCUCGGCCGCUUCGCGGUCCGCGAUAUGCGUCAGACUGUCGCCGUGGGUGUUAUCAAGAGCGUCACCUUCAAAGACACCCAGGGCAAGGUAACAAAGGCCGCGGAGAAAGCCCAGAAGAAAAAGUAACCAUCAAGCUUCCUCGGAAGCUCGCAGUCCGCCGGCUGGUGCCCUGCGGCAGCAGGUGUCGCCGCGCAGCAGGGACCCGCCGUGAGGACGCCGCAGCACGCCGCCGCGGCGGCGGCUGCCCCGCUCGUCUCAUACUCGUCGGCUAAUACCAAAAGUCAUAAGAUGUUGUGCUUACCCCCGUUACAUUACCCGGUAGUGUUGAACCCGCGCAUCUAUCCGAACCUGCACAUUCAGUUCACCCACGCCCCGCGCACGCCUCACAUAUGCUAGGAGGAAGCGUUGCCCCGCGUUCCACCGCGUUUAUCAUUAUUACUCGAUAUUGACGAUAUGUGUCCGAUGUUACCAGGUACUCAGUUCCCUUGGACUCUGUGUAGUUAGGUUUUUCAAUUGAUACAACACCGAGCAGCAGCAGCAACAACAACAAACAAACAAAACAACGGGGCGUCGCGAAGACAGCCACGCUUUGGGGUUCUUCUCGCUCGUGAGAGGCAGAGCGAGGCAGCGGCCGCAUUGCCCUCCCCCCGUCGGGGCACUUCCCGCCGUGGGACGCGCAAUGAAUAAUUUAAUUACGCCGUGAGCAACCGGCGACGUCAAGGCGAGCGCCGCUGGCUCGCGUCCCAGCAAGACUUUUUCCUCGAUCGAUUCUUUUCGAAGAGUUCGUUAAGGCUGAUUUGUUCCGAGACUUGGUUGCCUCGCGCUGUAUGAUUAGUUUUAUUAUACUUAUAAGAUACUUAUCUGUAGUUAGGGAUCAUUAGACUAUGCUCCCCUCCCUCUGUCGUCAGCGAGUCGCCGGCUAUCUCCCCUCACGAGAGAGGGAAAACGAUCAUCUUCUUGGGGGGAGGACGAGACGUCCGUCGCGAGUCGCCCACGUUCUCGGCGCUCUCUCUUUCUCUCUCCUUCCUCUCUCUCUCUCUCUCUCCCGCUGACCAUAGACGCGUUCUAUGAUAUUGUUUUGGCCCUUAGUCAGUAUUACGUUGAUGUAAUAAAAAAAAAUCUUUAAUUGCA